AAUACUUCGUCGUUUGGUUGGGAAGGAACGGUAGUCAGGACCGACAUGAUUCGUCUGUCUCUCUGUACAGUGGCGGCAGACUGAAAUUAAUACGUUUCUGGUAAAUGUAUCUAGUUAACUAGAGCCGGGGUACGGGAUGCGGGUUGGAUCAAUAAUCUGAAAUAUAUAUAUUUUCUUUUACUCUUUGCCGCAUCUCUAAAGUCAGCAAAACAAUGUCAUUCACACCAUACAUUUUGUUAAAACAGCAUAUUCGUCUAGCAGAGACCAUACCAUUAGCUAACGUUGGCCAACUGUCUGGCAGUGUAACAGUUUAUUCGCAUUUAUUAUGUAGGAAACAAUGUUUGAAAUGUAGCCCAUCACAUGGGUGAAUGGUUUCUGACCUCAAACAAAUAUAGCGUGCUACUAUGUUGUAAACGGAGCGAAUGGAGGUUGUUUUGCUGCUAGCUAGCUUUCUAGUCAAGCUAUGCACCACAUUAGGUGCCUCGCGCUCUGCAAUACUGUAGAUCUCUGCGAGUUUUGAAAGUGUUAUGACCGAUAAGGAGUUACCAUUAUCUUUGGUGGGGGAAAUGUUUGGCGUGAUCAAACUUGAAGUGUCUGUCGCAGCUGGAUGCGGAGGGCUGGGGCGAGCGGGGAAUGGCGUCCUAGAUUUAUCAGGAUACAUAUACUUGGAUUACGGAGGACGAAUGGAAGGAAAAAUAGAGGAAGGCUUCCAUGUCUUCUCCCUGGACCGCCUCAAUGUCCACCUCUUGAUCAUCAGACUCUGAGGCCUCAUCUUCACGGUCAUUUUCCCACCUUGUUGAGGUUGGCUCAAAAAGCCUCAAAUUUGCCUGGAUGGCUACCAAUUUGUCAGCCUGUUGUGUGCUUUGGUGUGUGUGUUCACAAACAAGGACCCGUUGCGCUCUGAGAUGGCGGCUGUUGGUGGGAUUUGGAGGAUAAUGGAGGCAACAGGGGAAACAGCCUCAGAUCCACAAAGUCCCUUCCACCAGCCUAUGGAAGGCAUGCAUGAGAAGGGCAUGUCUGAUGACCCUCGCUAUGGACCGAUGAAGAGCAUGGGCAUGAGACCAGGUGGAGGCCACAUUGGAAUGGGACCCCCUCCUAGCCCCGUGGACCAACAUUCCCAAGGCUACCCCUCUCCACUGGGGGGUUCUGAACACUCUCCCAGCCCUGUGCCAGCCAACGGCCCUCCACCCUGCCCCAUGAUGCCUUCUGGCCCAGGUGUCCCCUUGGAGGGCGGUGACCCCCAGGCCAUGGCCCAGCAGAACCUCAGUGGUGUCCUGAGUGGUGGUUCUGUGCCAGGUGGGGUUGGGCCAGGUGGACCCACCCCCUUCAACCAAAACCAGCUGCACCAGCUCAGGGCCCAGAUCAUGGCCUACAAGAUGCUGGACUGCAGCCAGCCCCUGCCAGACCACCUGCAGAUGUCCGUGCAGGGCAAGAGGCCCAUGCCAGGGAUGCAGCAGCAGCCAGGGAUGCCCAACAUGCCCCCUUCCUCUGGGCCUGGAGCGGGGCCUGGACAGCAACCAGCAAACUACAACAGACCUCAUGGAAUGGUAGGCCCAAACAUGCCUCCUUCAGGACCCUCAGGUGUUUCCCCCGGUAUGCAGGGCCAGCCCACCAAUGGACCCCCUAAACAAUGGCCCGAAGGGCCCAUGGUGAAUGCUGCUGCUCCAUCCAGUGCCCCCCAGAAGCUGAUUCCCCCUCAGCCCACUGGGAGACCCUCCCCUGCUCCCCCCUCCGUGCCCCCUGCUGCCUUCCCGGUCAUGCCCCCCCAGACUCAGUCCCCAGGGCAGCCCCCACCCAUGGUGCUACACCAGAAACAGAACCGCAUCACGCCCAUCCAGAAGCCCCGUGGCCUGGACCCAGUGGAGAUCCUCCAGGAGAGAGAGUACAGGCUGCAGGCUCGAGUGCUGAGGAGCGUAGCGAGUAAAAAUCGUCUGUCCUCCGUUGCAACACUCACUACCGAGUUUCGAACUGCCUCUGGAAGCAACGUCAGCACAAGAACUGUUCGUCGGGAGCUUCAUGAAAUGGGUUUCCAUGGCCGAGCAGACGCACACAAGCCUAAGAUCACCAUGCGCAAUGCCAAGCGUCGACUGGAGUGGUGUAAAGCUCGCCGCCAUUGGACUCUGGAACAGUGGAAACGCGUUCUCUGGAGUGAUGAAUCAUGCUUCACCAUCUGGCAGUCCGACGGACGAAUCUGGCUUUGGCGGAUGCCAGGAGAAAGCUUCCUGACCGACUGCAUAGUGCCAACUGUAAAGUUUGGUGGAGGAGGAAUAAUGGUCUGGGGAUGUUUUUCAUGGUUCGGGUUAGGCCCCUUAGUUCCAGUGAAGGGAAAUCUUAACGCUACAGCGUACAAUGACAUUCUAGACGAUUCUGUGCUUCCAACUUUGUGGCAACAGUUUGGGGAAGGCCCUUUCCUGUUUCAGCAUGACAAUAGCCCAAUGCACAAAGUGAGGUCCAUACAGAAAUGGUUUACAGAGAUCGGUGUGGAAGAACUUGACUGGCCUGCACAGAGCCCUGACCUCAAUCCCAUCGAACACCUUUGGGAUGAAUUAGAACGCAGACUGAGAGCCAGGCCUAAUCGCCCAACAUCAGUGCCCGAUCUAACUAAUGCUCUUAUGGCUGAAUGGAAGCAAGUCCCCGCAGCAAUGUUCCAACAUCUAGUGGAAAGCCUUCCCAGAAGAGUAGAGGCUGUUAUAGCAGCAAAGGGGGGACCAACUCCACAUUAAUGUCCAUGAAUUUUGGAAUAAUAUGUUCAAAAAGCAGUGUCACCAUACAUGUGUCCACAUACUUUUGAUAAUGUAGUGUACACUAUUUUUAUGUGCAGGGGGUGUUAGAUAAGCUCAAAUGUUGCAAAUUGAUUGUGGCUUCUAUCAGUGUAAAUAUCUGCAUCAUUUCCAAUCCCACAUAUAUUUUUUGGCUGUUUAUUUACAGUACCAGUCAAAGGUUUAGACACACCUACUCAUUCCAGAGUUUCUUUAUUUUUACUAUUUUCUACAUUGUAGAAUAAUAGUAUAGACUCUGAAACUAUGAAAUAACACACAUGGAAUCAUGUAGUAACCAAAAAAGUGUUAAACAAAUCAAAAUAUAUUUUAUAUUUGAGAUUCGUCAAAAGUAGCCACCUGUUGCCUUGAUGACAGCUUUUCACACUCUUGGCAUUCUCUCAACCAGCUUCAUGAGGAAGUCAUCUGAAAUGCAUUUCAAUUAACAGGUGUGCCUUGAUAAAGUUAAUUUGUGGAAUUUAUUUCCUUAAUGCGCUUGAGCCAAUCAGUUGUGUUGUUACAAGGUCGGGGUGGUAUACAGAAGAUACCUGAGUAAAAUACCAAGUCCAUAUUAUGGUAAGAACAGCUCAAAUAAGCAAAGAGAAACAAUAGACCAUAUUUACUUUAAGACACAAAGGUCAGUCAAUCCGGAAAAUGUCAAGAACUUUAAACGUUUCUUUAAGUGCAGUCGCAAAAACCAUCAAGCGCUAUGAUGAAACUGGCUCUCAUGAGGACCGCCACAGGAAAGGAAGACCCAGAGUUACCUCUGAUGCAGAAGAUAAGUUCAUUACAGUUACCAGCCUCAAAAAUCGGCAAUUAACUGCACCUCAGAUUGUAGCCCAAAUAAAUGCUUCACAGAGUUCAAGUAACAGACAUCUCAUCAUCAACUGUUCAGAGGAGACUGCGUGAAUCAGGCAUUCAUGGUCAAACUGCUGCAAAGAAACCACUACUAAAGGACACCAGCUUGGGCCAAGAAACACAGGCAAUGAACAUUAGACCUUGGACAUCUGUCCUUUGGUCUGCUGAGUCCAAAUGUGACAUUUUUGGCUCCAACUGCCGUGUCUUUGUGAGACGCAGAGUAGGUGAACAGAUGAUCUCUGCAUGUGUGGUUCCCACCGUGAAGCAUGGAGAAGGAAGUGUGAUGGUGUGGGGGUGCUUUGCUGUUGACACUGUGAUUUAUUUAGAAUUCAAGGCACACUUAACUUGCAUGGCUACGACAGCAUUCUUCAGCGAUACGCCAUCCCAUCUGGUUUCCGCUUAGUGGGACUAUCAUUUGUUUUUCAACAGGACAAUGAAUCAACACACCUUCAGGCUGUGUAAGUCCUAUUUGACCAAGAAGGAGAGUGAUGGAGUGCUGCAUCAGAUGACCUGGCCUCCACAAUCACCCGACCUCAAACCAAUUGAGAUGGUUUGGGAUUUGUUGGACCACAGAGUGAAGAAAAGCAGCCAUCAAGAGUUCAGCAUAUGUGGGAACUCCUUCAAGACUGUUGGAAAAGUAUUCCAGGUGACUACCUCAUGAAGCUGGUUGAGAGAAUGCCAAGAGUGUGUAAAGCUGUCAUCAAGGCAAAGGGUGGCAACUUUGAAAAAUAUUACAUAUUUUGAUUUGCUUAACACUUAUUUUUGGUUACUACAUGAUUUCAUGUGUUAUUUCAUAGUUUUGAUGUCUUCACUAUUAUUCUACAAUGUAUAGAAUAGUACAAAUAAAGAAAAACCGUUGAAUGACUAGGUCUGUCCCCAAACUUUUUAUAUAUAUAACUUUUUAUAUAUAUAUAUUGUCCGUUUUAUUUUCCCAUAACACUGCCACCCCUCCCCUUUUCGGAUUAAACUAAUGGGCAACAACACUUAGGCUUCUACUUCCAGCUUAUACAUACUGUACAUUUUAUGGACACAGUACAUUUUACUUUAGUUAUCUUGUUUUUUGUUAUUUUUUGGUACCACCCUUCAGCUCCUCUCACCCCUCCCAUCCAUCUCUGAACACCAUUCAGUUUUGAUGUCUAUUUGCCAUAUAUUUUUCAGCUGUAAUGUGAUGUUUCACAAAAGUUUGGAACCUUUCUAUUGUCAUAUUUUCUACAGAUUGUAAAUUAAAUAUAAACAAUUUUUUAAAGUA